AUGGGAUUCAACUUAGAAAAAAUCUUUAAGUAAAUUGAUGUAUAUGGUUAAGAAAUCAAACUGAACUUUUACCAAAGAAAUAAAUACAACACAGUUUUUGGUGGAGUUAUCAGUUUAACAAUUUUUUGCUUAUUUUGUGUAGGCUGCUGGUUUUUUGGAAAAGAGUUAAUAUACAAAUAGAGUCCUUCAGUAAUUAGCUCUGAAAGGCCCGUUGAUUGUCCUAAAAGAAUAGACAUAAGACCUGAUAAUCUCAUUUUAAUGAUGGGAGUUUCUAAUUUCUAAGGUCAAUACUUCACUGAUCCUUCGCUAUUUUAAGUAAGAGCUAUUUAAUAAACUUAAAUAGCUCAGUAUGACUAAACUACUGGAAACAGGACAAUCCAGCUUAUUAACACACCUAAAAAGAUUAGGAUUUGCAAUUAAAAUGAUGUUGGAAUACUGAACUUAAAAAAAUAUUUCUCAACUAUCAAUAUUGGAGCAUAGUACUGCUUUGAUACCAAAGAUGAUGAAGUUUAUAUUGAAGGUGAUUUCAAUCAAGAAAAGUAUUCACAAUUGUUUGUCUUCUUUGAAAAAUGCAAAAAUUCUACUUCUAGCUAAAUUAUUUGUAAAUCUAAAGAAGAAAUUGAUAAAAACCUUGCAAACAACAGGAUAAGCUUGUUUGCUUCAGAUCAUGUUAUUAAUCCCUUAGAUUUUUUAAAUCCAAUAUCUGACAGAGGGAUAAAUCUCGUUUCUGUCACAUCAUCGCAAUUCCCUCAGCAAGCUACUUUCUAUUUUACAAAUUACUACAUCUAAACUGAUGCAGGAGUAUUUUAUGAAGACAUUUAAACAUAAAAUAGUUUCAUCUUUACCUCAUAAGUAGUUUCUCCAUUUUUUGGAGAUCCCGAUGUUAUAAUAGCUAUGAAUUUUAGGAUGCAGAAGCAGAAGGAGAGCUACAUGCAAAGGAAAUAUUUGAAGAUUGCAGAUGUUAUUGCUCAGAUUGGCGGUCUGCUUAAAAUUCUUUUAAUUGUAGGAUUUAUAAUAUCUAAUCCAAUUACAAAGAUUUACUAUUUAAAGGCAAUCAUAGAUGAAGUAUACUAAUUCCAAAUAAUUGAUGAUAAAACCAUAAUGUCUUAAAGACAUAGUAAUUUGAGUAUAAAUUCAAAAAAAAAAUAGGAUACCAACUUAAACCCUAAAAAUAAGCUCGAAAAGGAAUAAUUAAAUUAAUAGUUAGAGUUAUUUUCGAAUCAAAAUGAUAAUAAUAGCUAAUCAAAAAAGAAGAAGGAAGAUGAAAUAUAAUUAAAAAAAAUACAACAAGAAACAUAAAUAACAUAAUAAAAUCUAAAUUCAAUAACUCCAAAUUCACCAAAUAAAAUCUUAAAAAGUUUUGUAUAAUAAAAUCAAUUUUAAAAUUAAUAAUAAACUUAAAUUUCAAACAACAAAAACUUUAUAGAUUAGAUUCUUUCUAGUGCAAAGAAUUACUUUUAAAGUACUCAUAGCAAAAUUAAAUACAAAUUUAAUCAUUAUUUUGCUCAUGCCUUUAUGCCUAAUGCAAAUUUCAUUUACAAAAGAAGAUAAUUACUUGAUUAAGGAAUUAAUAAAAUCAAUCAAAACUUUGAUAUCUUGUACAUUUUUAACAAAUUACACGAAAUAGACAAAUUAAAAUAAAUUUUACUUAAUAAAAAUUAACUAAAGCUAUUCGAUUAUAUGCCUAAACCACUAAUAAGUGAUGGAUAACUAUAAAUUGAAAAUAAAUAAAUUUAAGAUAAUUAUCAAUCUAAUUGCUUAAAUAAAAAUGAGAGUCCUUAAAUGCUAAUCAAAGAAAAAGAAAACUAUAAAACUGAAAGUAAAAAUAAUAAGCAAAAUAUUUAAAAUGAUAAUAGAAAUAAUUAGAAGGUAAACAAUUAAAAUAAUGAAAAUGAAUUUUCAGAAAAAUCACAAGAAAGUAGCUAAUCAAGAUAGUUUAAUUAACAAAAUUAAUCAUGUGAAACUUUAAUAGCUUAAGAAGCUUACAGUGGACUCAUAAAUAUUUUAAAUUAGAAUAAAUUAUCUAAAAUAGAUGAGAAUCUAAUAAAAAUAAUAGAUCCUAAUAUCUUUUAAGAGUUUUAUGAAAAAAAUGCAUAACAAACUCAGCUCUAGUCUUUUCUUUUAGAAUAAAAGCAGAAGUUUUUAAUUUGA